AUGCCUCCAUACGUACGAUCAACUCUGUUGUUACCUCCACCUGAUGCAGCCAUGGAAACCACUCCCUCGAAAGGUUAUAUAAAGUCAUUAGAUGCCGGUGUACGAAACGUGCACAUCACUCCCAGCAUACUGACACUAGUACGAGACGCCAUCGAUGGAGCUCGAGUAGUCGAUAAUAUAGCUAUAGUUAUUCUAGCUUCUAUACGGGCUAAAUGGUCACAGACCGAACUUAUGUGGGUUUCAUUGGUAACUGAAUUCGCACCUACAACCAUCCUUACUGCCAAUACCGCAAUCGAGUAUACACCUGUGAGCGGCCAAGUAGAAGAAGUCAUCUUGCUAGAUGAAGAUGGUAACGAGAUGCCCAAAAUUCCCGGCACAAGAGCUAUCUUGCCUAUAGUAUCGCCUGGCUUAAGGGCUACCGCAUACUAUGAAUUAUUCAAAAAGACCCACAACGGUCGAACUAUGUAG